UUUCAUUACGAAUAUAUGAAAAAGAAGUAUGGUGUUAACGCUAAGCUGCUUUUCACCGAUACGGAUAGUCUAUGUUAUGAAGUGAAGACCCGUGACAUCUACCAAGACAUGCUGGAAGAUGCAGAGCUAUUUGACACAUCCGAAUACACACAAGAUCAUCCUCUUCACAGUAUCAGAAACAAGAAAGUCCUCGGGAAAAUGAAAGUCGAAACACAUGGUAUUCCAAUCCAAGAGUUCAUUGGUUUGAGGCCAAAGAUGUACUCUAUCCUAUACACUGAAAACAACAAACAGGUGGAGAAGAAAACAGCUAAAGGGAUAAAGAAGUCAGUGACAAAGAAGAAGAUAAGACAUGACAAUUAUAAAAUCUGUUUAUUGGAUAAGAAGCAGACAAAAGCGUCAAUGAAUCAGAUUCGAAGUAACGGUCAUGAGAUCUACUCCAUCAAAUUAAACAAGAUUGCUUUAAGUCCAUACGACGAUAAACGUUUCAUUUUAGAAGACGGUGUUAGCACAUUAGCUCAUGGACACUAUAAAAUUAACAUAUAA